AUGGCCGAGGCUACGGAGGAGAACCCAAUAGUCUUCUUUGACGUUACUUUAGGAGGGGAGAAGUUAGGCAGAAUCAAGAUCGAGCUGUACAAGAACGUAGUACCCAAGACUGCUGAGAACUUUCGACAGUUCUGCACUGGCGAGACCAAGAACAGUCGGGGCCAGCCGCAGGGCUACAAGGGCUGCAAGUUCCAUCGGGUCAUCAAAGGUUUCAUGAUCCAGGGAGGCGACUUCAUCAAUGGAAACGGCACCGGCUCAAGAACCAUAUACGGCGUCGAUAAGUUUGCGGACGAGAACUUCACGCUGAAGCACGACAAGCCAGGUCUUCUGUCAAUGGCAAGCGGCACACCUCACCUGAAUGGUAAACACGUCGUCUUCGGCAAUGUCAUCGAAGGCAUGGACGUGGUCACCAAGAUCGAGAACACUAGGACAGUGGCCAAUCCUGAAGGCAAGCCGGCGCAGGACGUUGUCAUUGCACAAUGCGGUGAGAUGUGAGCAAGUUCAAAUUGAUCACUCAGACUCGCGACUAUUCUAUGGCAUCAUGCAUAAGAAGAAGAAGAUAGCCUGCUAUUAGAGACAAGCAGUGCGAGGCCGCAGAGAUUGAGCAUAGUCUCACUAGCAGAAAUGACCCAGAUUUGUCCGCAGAUUGCGGCAUGACAAUCGCCUGUGGAAGAGACUAAGCAGAAGCAGAGUGUACGUUCCAACCAGCGGCGAUAGAGUGUACGACUCAUCUAAGGAACUAUGUGAACGGUGGUCUCGUAGAUACUCGAAUCAAUCAAGUCUUCAAUUCU